AUGAGAGACUCAACAAUCAAUUCAGACAGUGUACAGUUCAAAGGCGAUGCACUCACCAUCGAUAACAAGGAUCAGUUUGUACAUUACGUUGGAUUUCGAAAUGGUGAUGUCCGCAUAUGGGAUUUGAGAUCGAGUCAGCCAAAGCUGAUAAGCCCAUUUGAGAGUUCACAGAUGAGAUCAGUUAUAAAUCUGAAGAAAGCUGGUGAAUAUGGAGUGAUAUGUUCCUCUAUUGGAUCCAACAUUAAGCUGCUCGACUUGAGAAUGGGCAAAAGCCCAGUUCGUCGUUCGUACCGUUCGAACAAAAAUGUAUACAACGUUUUUGGUGAGAAUAUGGAGAUGAUUACUGAUUCGGAAUUCUUUGUCCAAUCGAAGAAUCUCAUUGAGGUAUUCAACGUUUCAGAUGAGGAACCUAUGAAGGUUAUAACUGAGUUCGAACGAGAAGGUGAACCAAUUUCGUUUGCGAAAUGGAUGGAAAAUUAUAAAUCUCUCUACACCUUGUCAAAUUCAGGCAUACAGUGUUAUAACUCUCUUAAAUAA